AUGACAGAUGUUGUGAGUAGCGUGUUUCCGAUUGGCAGGGGGAGCCUUUUUACUUCCCAGACAAGUUCGGUGACUGAAGCUACCAGCGAUGAAAUUGACAUUGACAUCGAGGAACCACAAAGGGUCACAACGCUCACCGAGGCGCACAGAAAUGCCAUAAGGGCGAUCAGAAAGAUCAAGUAUUUCGUGGCACGACGAAAAUUUCAACAAGCACGAAAGCCUUACGAUGUGCGAGACGUCAUCGAGCAAUACAGUCAAGGUCAUCUCAACAUGAUGGUGCGAAUCAAGGAGUUACAAAGGAGAUUGGAUCAGACCCUGGGUAAGCCUGGCAGCUACCUGGCAGGAAUCGACCGGGCUGGCAACGUGAAACCCAUGACGAUCGGCGCACGCCUUUAUCGAGUCGAACAGCAGUUGUCGGUGAUGGAUAAAAAAUUGGACCAACUGGUAUACGUGCUGAAUGCGGUUGCUCAGAAACAACAAAUCCCUCUGAGGAGUAUAGAGGAUGAUGUGUAACAGAAAGCCCCGGGCGAAUUCGUGGCACCCUUUUUACGGGUAUCGAUGACGACCCCAUGGAUAUUGCCAAGAGUGACCAUAACCACCGUUGUACCUAACAUGCUUAGCGAGAGCAGCUGACUCGAGACGUUAUUAUAUCGAUAAAACGUAAUAUUAUUAUUAUUAUUCAAAAUAGCAUCGGCUAUUGGGAGGACAAAUUUUAUCGAUUGAUUUACUUUUUUUUACUUUUUUUUUUGUGCUGAUACACACAUAUAAAUAUAUAUUUAUUUAUUUAUUUUAUUUUAUUUCUUUCUUUCUUGGGGGUUUUGUUUUUUUUUCGUUCUAUACUUCCUAUCGCGAACAAAGUUAAAUAAAAACAAAAAAAGGAGAAUGAAGAAAGAAGAAAAUCCAGAAGCUCGUCGAUGUUCGACCUCUCCUCUCGAAACGAACGAAUACAUCACCGUUUCGUUCAAUUUACGAGAUGAACGUUUUUAUUAUGUGAAACGUAUAUAAUAAAAAUAAAAUAAAAAAAACAAA